AUGUCUGGACCAAGUAAUAUACCAAAUAUGGCAUCAAUUAAUGAUGUCAGUGCUUUAUUUCAAACAGCUAAAAAGUAUGAAGAAUUAAAUGUAAUCGGCACGGGUGCAUAUGGAACAGUAUACAAGGCACGUGAUCUUCACAACGGUGGUCAAAUAGUUGCUAUGAAGAAAGUUAAAGUUGCAUUAACCGAAGAUGGAAUACCAUUAUCAACGUUAAGAGAGAUUGCGCUAUUGAGACAAUUGGAGGCUUAUCGACAUCCUAAUAUUGUCAGGUUACUCGACGUCUGCCAUGGUGGUCAGUCGUUGGAACGUGAGAGUCAGCUGGUACUGUUCCUGGUUUUUGAACAUGUUGAGCAGGAUUUGGAGUCGUAUUUGAAGAAGGCACCUGGACCACUCGGGGAUAAUAGGAUUAGGAGCAUGUCCUAUGAUAUACUGUCAGGGACGGACUUCCUUCAUUCGCAUCGCAUAGUCCAUCGGGAUCUGAAGCCCCACAAUCUUCUGGUGACAUCAUCAGGUCGUGUCAAGCUCGCGGAUUUUGGUCUAGCUAAGACAUACGACACGGAUAUGAAGCUUACUAGCGUGGUGGUCACACUGUGGUAUAGGCCGCCGGAAGUGCUUUUAGGUAUUUCGUAUAAUACGGCUGUAGAUGUGUGGUCAUGCGCGUGUGUCCUCGCGCAAUUGCACACGCGGUCGCCUUUGUUACCUGGAACGUGUGAUUCGGAUCAAUUGCAUUGCAUUUUCAAAUUAAUAGGCCGGCCGCCUAAACACGAAUGGCCGGAUAAUGUGUCGGUAAUGGCUGAUAGUUUUCCCGACUACCCUCCUUUGGACUUAGCCAUUGUGUUACCUAGGAUACACUUGCAGGCUCUAGAUCUUAUUCAGAGAAUGCUUGUCUUCGACCCUGCGAAGCGGCUAACAGCAUUAGACUGCUUGGAACAUCCCUACUUCACUGACGAGCCACUCACCUAA